CUUGGCGUGGCUCGGCUUGGCUCUAUCAAAACCAAUCCCAUGUUUCCUCUACUCUAAAACCCUAUCAAGCAGGAUCUCCUUCGAAACACCAUCAGUUAUUACGCUGUUAAAAACCUCCAAACAUAUCAAGAAAAAAAAAAAGCUUCUCUCACACAUUAACCCUAGCUACAACAAAUAAAAUUACCCAGAAAAGAGAGAUAAAAAUAGCACCUUUGUUUGAAUUUGAAUCUCUGUGUGAUUGAAUAGGAUGACAGAAGCAGAGUUAGGAUCUGGUAAAGGAGGGUCUGAAGAGAUGUCAUUGAAGGAUAAAGGGAAUGAAUUUUUCAAGGCUGGGAGCUACCUCAAAGCUGCUGCUCUUUACACUCAGGCCAUUAAGCAAGACCCAUCGAAUCCUACUCUUUAUAGCAAUCGAGCAGCAGCAUUUUUAAAUUUGGUUAAACUUAACAAAGCACUGACUGAUGCUGAGACAACAAUCACAUUGAAUCCUCAAUGGGAAAAGGGAUAUUUUCGGAGAGGAUGCAUAUUAGAGGCCAUGGAACGAUAUGAUGAUGCUUUAGCUGCCUUCCAAAUAGCUUUGCAAUACAACCCACAAAGUGCAGAAGUAUCAAGAAAAAUUAAGAGGCUUUCCCAGCUUGCAAAAGAUAAAAAGAGAGCUCAAGAAGUGCAAAACUUGCGAUCUAAUAUAGAUAUAGCAAAAAGCUUGGAAACACUGAAAUCUGAAAUGUCUGAAAAGUAUGCAGCUGAAGAUUGUUGGAAAGACAUGUUUUCUUUUCUUGUUGAGACAAUGGAAACAGCUGUACAAUCAUGGCAUGAGACUUCAAAAGUGGAUCCUAGAGUCUACUUCCUUCUUGAUAAGGAGAAGACACAGACUGAUAAAUAUGCUCCAGUUGUCAACAUUGACAAGGCAUUUGAAUCACCCCACACGCACAGCAGUUGUUUUUCAUUUCUGAGGCAAUAUGCUGAAGAUUCUUUCUCUGGAGCAGCUUGUUUAAUUGCACCCAAAAGUAUCAUAGCUUAUCCGCAGGUUUGGAAAGGUCAAGGGUCAAGGAAGUGGAGACAUGGGCAACAUGAUGGUUUCUUUGUUCAAUUUGAGUCACCGCUUUUGCGAAAACUAUGGUUUAUUUCAAGUUCCAAUGAGAUGGGGAAGACAUUGUGCAGGGAUCCGGAGGUUCUGGAUAUUGGUGCACAUGAAGUGCUUCCACGACUUUUCAAAGAAAAGCUGUCCAAUUCUUCAUGAACUUUAUCUUUGGCUGAAAGAAAUAGUGUGCUUCCUUGUUGCUUUGAGCUGGAUACGAAUUUCAUUUUAGAUGUGAAAAUAUGCAACUAGGUACUUUUUUGAGUCAAAUAGCAUUCAUGUUCUUGAUUUUGAAAAUUUUCUAAAGAAGUUUACCAGCCUUUUUGAGUCAUUGCAUUUUCUGGGUGUUUGUUGAAAUUGCUUUCUUGCCUUUGGUGAUUCAUGUGUUUCGACUCAGAGUGGGUUUAUGAUUGAUUCUUGUUCGAUACUCAUGUUGUAUGUUGGAAUCACAGCAAAGCUAGUUGGUGUAUAACUUAUUAUUUUCUGUUGUAAUUAUCUGUACAAAGUGAUGGGCCACUGUAGUUUUGUCCAUUCGUCAAGUGUUUUUUUUAGCUCAUUUGCUAUCGAAGAUGAUCUAGAAAUCUGUAUGUUUCAUGAUUCUUAGGACCAUGGUGGUUUGUGCAAAAUGUUAUCGGCAUGGGAUUUGAUGAGAACAGGAACAAUCAUAUGCUAUUGAACUCUAGAUUGUAUCUGCCAUUUUAUAUUGAAAAUCUAUAAAACAAUCAGGAUAUUGAAAAUUCAUCAGAAUGGAACAGGCUACAACAAAUUAAUCUGAUUAAUUGUUAUUAAUUGAAUCACAUGAUGAGAAAUUACUCUUGGUUUCGAAAAUAUAAUUAUAUCAAUGAUAAUUUGAUAUGCUAUAUUUAUCAAAAUUUUCAAAAUAUGAAUUAUUUACCUGUGCUAAGAAUUGGAUAUAAUUUUCCACAUGAUAUGGUGAUAUAUGAUAUG